AUGACUACAUUGGAACUCAAUUCCGCCCAAGAGCUUAUUUUCGGCGGUAUUCCUGAGUCUGCCAAUACCCCUAACGAGUUCUUCUUGGCUCAGCAGCAGAAGCUGGACCAGCUCGAUGCUCUUUCCCCUCUGCCGUAUGAACUGCUGGACAAAAUAAUUGGAUAUGUUUAUUAUAACGACACCGACAAAAUUUACUCUUUGAAUGCUAACACCAAGGACUUUUGCCGGUCGAUCAGUUUGGUGAACAGUGCCUUCUAUCUGCUCAGUCUCAAAUAUGUGUUCAGAUACGCAAACUUUACCAGAUCCAUUUUUUUUGACCGAUUUCUCAGAAAUUUGCAAAAGAACAAUAUUCUCGGAAGCUAUGUAAAAUUUCUGGAUUUCUCGGAGUUCACCUCAGUUGGACUGGGGAGAACAGGUCAGAUGAUGCAAGAGAUCCAAAUGGUAACACACAAAACCAUUCUCCAGUGUCUGGAGCUGACUCCGAACCUCACAGAGUUUCUUGCCAGUGAGAGCAUUGAGGGCGAUAUCGAUGGCAUGGUAGUUGAUCACCUUUUCAACAAACUACCAAAACUGGAAGCUGUGGAUUUCUGCGGCUCUAGUGGUAUCGGCUUUUCUCAAAGCUUUGCGAACCUGCACAUAUUCCCCAACUCCAACGUCAAAAACCUCUCCUUCCACGAAUGUACAGACCUCACGAACGAAGCAUUUACCAGCAUUUUACGCAACCUCACUGCAUUGGAGCGGCUAGAUCUCAGCCACACGCAAGUCACCAUCCAGACCCUCAACGAGAGUCUCCAGGAGUCCGCACGGCUCACCCAUUUAUCGAUUGCACGUUGCUCCCGUCUUGGAGCCGCUCGACACCUGAUCGAGUUUCUCACCAAACAUCCAGCAGUCAACAACGACUCUCUGCUCUGGCUCAACUUGCAGGUCGACACAAACAUUGCAUCUCCGUUUAACACCAACACACUGACGUUUUUGCUUGGAAAUAUGAACGCUUCAAAUCUCCGUUACCUUAAUUUGGCCGGCGUCGACGUCGAGCCCAAACAUUUAAUGCUCAUUGCCGAGAGAUUUCCCGCGCUUGAAAGUCUCGUGAUCGCUCAUUCGCAACUCUCUAUCGAUGAUUUACUACUAGUUCUGUCAAGCUUGCACAACCUCAAAUUUAUUGAUCUCACAGGAAACAAAAAUAUCACCAGAUGGUCUUUGGACAAUAACCAGCUGCUGACAUGCUGCCCAACAUUACAAGCGAUUGAGGUGGACUACAAAGUAGUUGACUUGCUUGACGAUACCACCGGUAAGCUCAGAGUUUACAACAACGGUGCUCUUGAGAUCUGGAAAACCUACAAUGAUAACGGAAAAGGCAGACGAGCUUGGGUAUUCAAGCUCAAUGAGCUGCAGCUUAAGAAAGAGCUGAAUGGCCAAUCUUUGAACUUCAAUAAUAACCUGGUGUAUUUUGACAUCAACACAGGUAGAAAGAUUAUGCAAAAGAUUGAGCGUCCGGCUUUUUUGAAAUACGCUUCGAGGAAAAUCAACUGCUCCAAGGGUCUGUUUCAAAACGAUGAGUUGGCAUUUCCAGGCGAGUUCACCGAACGUGGCAUAUAUAAGUACUAUUCUUUGAAUAAAAGGCCUCAGUUUUCUCGUCAUGAUCUCGACAGCGAGGACGAAGAUGCAUACUCGAGCGAAGUCUCUAAUGACUCUUUGUCAUCGCUGUCGUUUGGAGCUCUGUCUGCUGCGCAGAAGAAACUAGAUGAAGAAGAUAGGAACUCGGAAGCAGAAUCAGACUCGGAUGGCGGGUUUUUUGAAGAGCCAAGCAAAAAGAACCACCCUCAGAAAAAGAAGAAAAACAAACAUGCUCCUAGCGAGACGUCUGCAAAAAAGCCGGUUCCGAAGGUGCGAGAAAUCCCCGGGUUGCUUGAUGGCACAAAGUACGCAAAGACAAAAUAUCAUGACAUACGAUUCGAUUCUGCAUUUGGAAAAGUAAACGAGAGCGAGGUUCGGCGAAAUUACAAGUUUUUGGAUGAGUAUCGACAAAAGGAGCUGGAGCAAGUUCAGAGUGUUUUGAAAGAUCCGAAAAAGCGCAACAAACUGAGCGAAAAAGAGUUGCAGGAUCUUGAUUACAUCGCAAAGAGCACCAAGUCACGUUUAGAUGCUCUCAAGAACAAAGAUCUGGAGCGUUGCAAGAUUCCAGAACAUGAAGAGCAAGCAGCGCGAGAAGGUGAUGGAGAGAAAGCGUAAACGGAGGCUUGGAAAGGAGAUGCGGCAGUUCGAACAAAACUACGGUGACGCAAGAAGAUAAAUAUUCCUUAGAUGUAUUUAAUUUUUAUUAGUGUUCCAAGAUGGUCAAAUUGCCGGUGACGACAACGUUUUCCAGAAUGGAGCCGUUAGGAAUGUCGAUUCUUUGACCAUCCGAACAGACAAUGAUCACAGUACCCUUAAGCUGGAUACCUCUGCCGAAGUAAACGUUACCAGUGACAGUCAAAUGGUCGAGUUCAAGAAUUCUUGGCAUGUGAGGGAUACGUUGCUGGAAGUUGGAGACUUUCUUGAAGUGCGAUCCCAGCUUGAUCAGCGGAGCACCGCCAAACCUAGCACUAUCGAGUUUCAAAGCACCGUGUUGCAAGUUGAACAAAUCACUCUUGACAAGCAUCAGGUCGGAACAGGUCUUGACUGGCAAGAACCUGGACCUUGGAACAACCACACCAUGAGCACCUUUAAAGUGUCUGAUGGCAGCACCAACAGCGGUUUCUAAUUGCAGCACCUGCAUCUCAGAGUUUCCGACGCUGAUAGACUUGCUGUUUGGAAUGAUCUCCAUUUCGAGGGCGUUGGCUUCCACCAGACGCUUGAUAGCACGCAAGUUGAUCCACAGGUUGUUGGUAUUGAAGUUGGUGAACUUCUUGAUGGACUUGAAGUCCUCGACAUGGUCUUUAGGAACCUGAGCAAUCUCGAGCAAUCUGACCUGGCCAUUGUAAUUGAUCAGAGUACCACCCUUAACGUCGGCUCUAGUUUUGUCUGUCAGCUCCAUGAUGUACUCUGCCCCCGUCUCAACCAUGUGGUUCAAAAUCUUGGUGUCGACGGUAGCACCGAGGUUGUCACCAUUGGAAACAAACAAGAUCUCUUUGCCUUGCUCCAGUAAAACAUCCAGCUCACCAGAGGAGACCAGAGACUCAAACAAGUCGCCGUGUCCUGGCGGGUACCAGGCGUCCAACUUGUCGUCGUAAGAUUGAGGAACAGGCAAAAGAGAGUCCUUGAACACUCUAGGGUAUCUGGACUGGUUGAAGGUUCUGAUCCGGAUACGGUGACCUUGGUACUUUCUGACAAUGAUCUGGGUGUCAUCGUUGGUAUUGAACGAAUUCAUCAGCAGCAAUGGCACGUCGGUGUCAUAGGUUUUGUUGAGGUGCUCGAUCUGGCGAACAGACAGAUCCAGGAACGACUGGCCAUCUCUCACCUCAAUGACAGACUUGGGACCCACACAACCCAUUGAGGUACCCAGACCUCCGUUCAGCUUCAACACCGCCAAUUUCGAAAGGUUGCUAUUGUCUCCAUUCUGCAAGCUGGAGUAGGCAACAACCUCGUCAGGGGUAGGCGAGCGGAUCUGGUUCCAGUCCAGGGUCGUCCCUGAGGCCUUGUCUGCAAGGUAGCGUCUGAACAGGGAGAAGAACGAAUCCAUCUCGACCUCGAACUUGGCCCUGACCUCGGGAUCUUCCACGGCGUCGAUCAUCUUGUUGAGGGAGUUCCUCAUUUGAGACGCAGCAACGCUGGUACUGGUGUUUUCAAAAGCGUAGGUGCUCUGGGACUUGGCGUGCUUACUCAUGGUAGAUGAAUGAGGACGUCACAGCGAU